AUGCGUCACUUGCUGUUCGUGACAGCGCUGCUGCUGCUGCUCAGCUCCACUUGCAGCGCGGAGCACCGCUGCAUAUUUGAUCAGAUCAAGAGGAAGGCAGGUCCCCCAAUGAUAUCUUUGGUGCGGGAGGUGCCGGGUCGAGGGGAAAGCGCAGUUCAGGCUCUGACUGCAGCUGUGUCUGGAUGGGCCCCCAUUCGCUUCAAGAUCUUCACGGAGGACAUGAACAUCGCGUCGAGGUACUGCACCGCGGCGGGAAAGACGGCCCCUGACUUCGCCGGGGGAAGAGUUGUGUGCAAGGCGCGUGACGUCUUGACAGCGGAUAAGAAGUCAGCCAUCGUGAAGCACGUUCUCCCCGCAGCUGUCAAUAUGCACGUGGAGCGCCUACGUGUGCAGCCACUGACUGGGAACAUAAUCGUCCCAAAUUUCCCAGGAGGUAUCUGCGCCGAAUUUACAGUGCCAGCUGGCCACCACACGGCAGGUGUGUCCGGUGCGGACAUGGUGCUGUACGCUGCAGCUGGCCCGACAGAAGGCUCAACCCUCGCGUGGGCCGUUACAUGUGUCCAGCUGCGUGCUGGUCGCCCCGUUGUGGGUGCAAUGAACUUUGGUCCGCAAUCCGUCUCCGCUUCAGAUUACAGUGUUCGGGUUUCUACGCAUGAGAUUGCUCACGCACUCGGGUUUAACGAUGACAUGAUGAUGGACCGUGGGAUGUUGUCGUCGGUCAUGAAUGUGCGGGGUAAACGCGGUGUACUUGUGGUGUCAUCUCCCACAACACGGGCGAAGGCCCGAUCGCACUACAACUGCCCGACUGCACCCGGAAUGGAGCUGGAGGAUGAGGGCGGAGAGGGGACGGCGCGAUCGCACUGGGAGCGGCGCAACGCAAAGGAUGAGUUGAUGGCUGGCAUCGCAGGGGCCGGCUACUACACGGCGUUGACGUUAGCAGCGUUCGCCGACAUGGGCUUUUACCAAGUCGCUUGGGACAAGGCAGAGAAGAUGAGCUGGGGCUACAACUCCGGCUGCGAUCUGUUGACCAAGAAGUGCUUGAAUGCUGGCAUCACCGCAUACCCGAAUAUGUUUUGCAAUGACAAUUAUAAGAACAAUGCGUAUUGCACAUCUGACCGUCUCGCAUUGGGAUUUUGUUUAAUUGUCUCAUACCUUCAGCCUCUACCCAAACAAUACCAGUACUUCGUGGAUUCCAAAAAAAGCGGUCAUGCUGGCGCCUUGAUGGAUCGGUGUCCAUACAUUGAGCCGUUUACAGAUACCUAUUGCGCAAACGGAAAGGCAGCCUCAAUGCCAGGGAGCCGCAUUGGUCCGUCAUCAAGGUGUCUGAAAGGGGACAGCCUCCAUGAUGGUGUUGAGUCUAUCAAGGACGUGUGCGCAGAGGUGUCGUGUAAGAAGGGCAAGGUGAGUGUGCGGUACCUUGGCGACAACACCUGGUACCCAUGUCCUGCUGGCAGCAGCAUUACGCCAAAAAAGACGUUUGUACGCGGAAGGAUUGUGUGCCCCACUUACGCCGAGGUCUGCAAUGCAUUGGUGGGCAAGGGCAAAUCAGACGGCCACAGCGGUGACAGGAGAGCUCUGACACUCUUGUCCCCGCUGUUGUGGUUGUGGGUUGCUCUGCUCACCGCCUUUGGUGUUGCCUUUUGA